GCGCUCAUGGCGGUCUGAGCAUUCUCAAGCGCCCGUCCGUGCGCACUGUGGGCUAUUUGGCUUUAUUUGGUGCCCUGCCGCAACCUCGCGCUCGUCGUCUGCAGCGUGCUGCACAUCGUCUCCUCCGCCCUCAAAAACCUCUGCCCAUCAUGCCUCCGCCCAAGUCCAAGGGUGGCAAAAUGCUGAGCCUCAUUAACUGGAGGCUCAAAGUCACGAUCAACGACGGCCGCGCGUUCGUCGGCCAGAUGCUCGCGUUCGACCGCCACAUGAACCUCGUGCUCGCGGAGUGCGAGGAGUUCCGCCGCGUCCGGCCCAAGAAGAAGGCUGGCGAGACCGAGGCGGGCCCGAUGCAGGAGAUGAAGCGAACACUCGGCCUGGUCAUCCUGCGCGGUGAAACCGUCGUCUCGUUGAGCGUGGAGGGUCCCCCGCCGGUCACCGAUGAGGACAAGAAGAACGCGAUGCCGUUCGGUCCUGGACGAGGAGCACCCGCGGGUCGUGGUAUGCCGAUGAUGCCUCCUGGUGCUCCCGGAGGAAUUGCGCGCCCACCCAUGCCGUUUGCCCCUCCCGGUAUGGGCGGUCCUCCCCCGGGCUUCCGCCCUCCUGGUUUCCCUGGAGGCCCCCCGGGCAUGCCUGGCUUCCCCCCUCCCCCCGGCUUCGGUGGCCCUCCACCUGGCUUCCAGCAGUAAAUCAUUGUAUUUCUCCGUGCCUGACCCAGGCGUUGUACUUUUGUUGUCUUUUCACUCGAUGUUAUACUGCUGGCACCAGACGUUCAGGUGCGCCUA